AUGGUCAAGCUGCAGAAUAAUCAGGAAAGACCCGUGCCCACCAGCUACACCCGAGUCAACAAUAAGCCGAAGGAACUUGUAAACCAGCCGAGAGUCAUGGAAAGCGGAGAAGCUCAGGCGAAACCACGGAAAAGACGGUUUUGCGAUGAGCCUUUCUACAUGCCCAUGCAAACAGAGGAAACGACACAGAACAUGAAUACGGAGAACAAUGAGGAGGCCUCAGCAGCCCAGACAGCACCCAUGGAUGUGGACACGGAAGAAAAGCCAGCCGACGAAGAUUGUGAGAUUUUUUCUACUUUCCUCUAGUUUCCUGGCCCAUCUGUUGCUUACUCAAAGUGUGGAAUGGGCACGAUGUACUUUCAUGUACUGCCAAAAUGUGAAAAAUUUGAAAGUUAGCGCCAUCCUCGUUGCUUUCCAAAAUUGUUAGUUGAGGGGCGGCAGUUUUCGUUUUUCGACUAUGUAUACUUAUAAUUUGCAAGAGAUUUUCGGUAUUUCGCAGCAGCGGUAAAGAGUGAACGUAAAGCGACGUGUCCGACUAGCAAAUUCAUAGUGGGAGUAGCAUUUUCUGAAAUCACUGAAGCAUGUGGAUGUUUCUGGAAAAUUGGGUUCAUUUUUUGUCUAAAUUGCAGGGUUGGAGGAGUUGUACGCCGAGCCGGUUGAAGAAGAUUUCAACAACGGAAUCACGGCUUACCUUCGUCUCUUCGACAGUGUAUGUCUGAAGCCAGAAGAGAUUCGGCAGCUAACACCAGACGUACAGAUUUGUCUGAAAAUGGCCGAAUCUGAUUAUGAGGCUACUGAACAUGGUUACCGCACAUUUUCAAGAGCUGUCUAUCUGCUCGCUUCGUUGUUCGUCCAUAAGACGCCGAUGUUGGGUUUCGGAAGCGAGUUCAAAUAUCUGAGAAAGAUGGACGCCGAGAUCAUGGGCCCGUUGAUCUUUGUGCUGGCGAGAAUCAAGUACCCUGCCGCGCACUUUGGACACAUGCGCCACGUGAAGACGCUUCUGGAGAGUCUCGGAGUGAACCACCCGGCCAAUGUUCUCGUGUCCUGGGUCUUGAAUGAGAUGAAGUGGAUGGGACGCCAAGGUCGGAGCAUCUACAACGUUCCGAGAAGAAUAGACAAUGGACCCGAGUGGAUCGAUGCGCCGUUCUUUUACGAAAACAUGUACGAAAGACAGCACAUGGAGCUGGAUAUGCCAACCAAGACACUGCUGGUAUUGUACCGAGAGCACGUGGUCGGCCUCCCAGACCUCUCUUUCAAUCGGAUCAAAGCGCACCUCAUUAGAAGAAAAAGAGCGGAGCUGACCCGAAACCACUGGAAAGAAUAUUGA